AUGGAAGCCAAUGCAGGACUGGUGGCCGGCUCUUACAAGAGGAACGAGCUCGUUCGGAUUCGCCACGAUUCUGAUAGCUCGUCCAAACCCGUAAAGAAUCUGAACGGGCAGAUAUGUCAGAUCUGUGGUGAUACUGUUGGUCUUACAGCCACUGGUGAUGUCUUUGUUGCCUGCAAUGAGUGUGCCUUUCCAGUCUGUCGACCUUGUUAUGAGUAUGAGAGGAAAGAUGGAAACCAGGCUUGCCCACAGUGCAAGACUAGAUAUAAAAGGCACAAAGGGAGUCCUCGAGUGGAUGGAGAUGACGAUGAGGAUGACAUUGAUGAUCUGGAGAAUGAGUUCAAUUAUACACAAGGAACUAGCAAUGCCAGGCGCCAGUGGCAAGGAGAAGAUGCUGAUCUCUCAUCUUCCUCGAGACAUGAAUCUCAACAGCCGAUUCCCCUUUUAACCAAUGGGCAGUCGGUGUCUGGUGAGAUUCCUUGUGCCACACCGGACAACCAGUCUGUGCGAACUACAUCAGGUCCUUUGGAUCCACGACAGCCAGUUCCAGUGAGAAUAGUGGACCCGUCAAAGGACUUGAAUUCUUAUGGGCUAGGAAAUGUUGACUGGAAAGAAAGGGUUGAAGGCUGGAAACUCAAACAGGACAAAAGUAUGAUGCAGAUGACUAGUAGAUACGCUGAAGGAAAGGGGGACAUGGAAGGCACUGGUUCAAAUGGUGAAGAACUCCAAAUGGCUGAUGAUGCUAGACAACCUUUGAGUCGCAUUGUGCCUAUUUCUUCAUCCCAUUUGACACCUUACCGUGUUGUGAUCAUACUCCGGCUAAUUAUUCUGGGUUUCUUCUUGCAAUACCGUGCAACUCACCCAGUGAAAGAUGCAUAUCCAUUAUGGUUAACAUCAGUCAUCUGUGAGAUUUGGUUUGCUUUAUCCUGGCUUCUGGAUCAGUUUCCGAAAUGGUUUCCCAUUAACCGUGAGACCUAUCUUGAUAGGCUCACACUGAGGUAUGAUCGUGAUGGGGAGCCAUCCCAGUUAGCCCCCAUAGAUGUGUUCGUCAGUACAGUGGAUCCCAUGAAAGAGCCUCCUCUGGUUACGGCUAACACUGUUUUGUCCAUACUUUCUGUGGAUUACCCAGUGGACAAAGUCUCUUGCUAUGUGUCUGAUGAUGGGUCCGCAAUGCUAACAUUUGAAUCCCUUUCUGAAACUGCGGAGUUUGCUAGGAAGUGGGUACCUUUUUGCAAGAAACACAACAUUGAACCUAGAGCCCCUGAGUUUUAUUUUGCCCAAAAGAUUGAUUACUUAAAGGACAAGAUACAGCCUUCUUUCGUAAAAGAGCGUAGAGCAAUGAAGAGAGAGUAUGAAGAAUUCAAGGUUCGGAUCAAUGCCCUAGUUGCCAAGGCACAGAAGAUGCCUGAAGAAGGUUGGACAAUGCAGGAUGGGACUCCAUGGCCUGGGAACAACCCUAGAGACCAUCCAGGAAUGAUCCAGGUCUUCUUAGGCCACAGUGGUGGCCUUGAUACUGAUGGCAAUGAACUGCCUCGACUUGUUUAUGUUUCUCGUGAGAAGCGACCUGGAUUCCAGCAUCACAAGAAAGCUGGAGCAAUGAAUGCAUUGAUUCGAGUUUCAGCCGUUCUGACAAACGGUGCAUAUCUUUUAAACGUCGAUUGUGAUCACUACUUCAAUAACAGUAAAGCUCUUAAGGAAGCCAUGUGUUUCAUGAUGGACCCAGCUUAUGGGAAGAAGACCUGCUAUGUCCAGUUCCCUCAGCGAUUUGAUGGCAUUGAUUUGCACGAUAGAUAUGCCAAUCGGAACAUUGUCUUCUUUGAUAUCAACUUGAAAGGGCUGGAUGGCAUCCAGGGUCCAGUCUAUGUGGGAACUGGUUGCUGUUUCAACAGACAAGCUCUGUAUGGGUAUGAUCCGGUUUUGACCGAGGAAGAUUUGCAGCCAAACAUUAUUGUCAAGAGUUGUUGUGGUUCAAGAAAGAAGAACAAGACUAGCAAUAAGAAGUAUAUUGACAAGAAGAGGGCGGUCAAAAGAACAGAAUCCACCAUUCCCAUUUUCAAUAUGGAAGACAUUGAGGAGGGUGUUGAAGGUUAUGAUGAUGAGAGGACUCUUCUUAUGUCUCAGAAGAGCUUAGAGAAGCGUUUUGGUCAAUCACCAGUUUUUAUUGCAGCCACAUUCAUGGAACAAGGAGGCAUUCCACCUACAACCAAUCCUGCAACUCUUUUGAAGGAAGCCAUACAUGUUAUUAGCUGUGGAUAUGAAGACAAGAGUGAAUGGGGAAAAGAGAUUGGAUGGAUCUAUGGCUCUGUGACUGAAGAUAUUUUAACUGGGUUUAAGAUGCAUGCUCGUGGUUGGAUAUCAGUCUAUUGCAUGCCUCCCCGCCCAGCAUUUAAGGGUUCUGCUCCCAUCAAUCUUUCUGAUCGUUUGAACCAAGUGCUUCGAUGGGCCUUGGGUUCCAUUGAAAUUCUGCUCAGCAGGCAUUGUCCCAUAUGGUAUGGCUACAAUGGGAAGUUGAAGCUUUUGGAGAGACUUGCAUACAUCAAUACCAUCGUUUACCCUCUCACAUCCAUACCACUGAUUGCCUACUGUUUGCUUCCUGCCUUUUGCCUGCUCACAGAAAAGUUUAUCAUUCCUGAGAUAAGUAACUUUGCUAGCAUGUGGUUCAUUCUGCUCUUUGUUUCCAUUAUUGCAACCGGUAUUCUUGAGCUAAGGUGGAGUGGAGUCAGUAUUGAUGACUGGUGGAGAAAUGAACAGUUCUGGAUCAUUGGUGGAACAUCAGCUCAUCUCUUCGCUGUCUUCCAAGGUCUCCUGAAAGUUCUUGCUGGGAUUGAUACCAACUUCACUGUCACGUCAAAGUCAUCUGAUGAGGAUGGGGAUUUUGCUGAGCUCUACGUGUUCAAAUGGACAUCACUUCUCAUCCCUCCAACCACGGUUCUUCUUGUGAACAUAGUAGGUAUUGUGGCCGGUGUUUCAUAUGCCAUAAAUAGCGGUUACCAAUCUUGGGGUCCACUUUUUGGCAAACUGUUUUUCGCCUUAUGGGUCGUAGCACAUCUGUAUCCAUUCUUGAAGGGUCUGUUGGGUCGGCAAAAUCGUACCCCUACAAUUGUCAUCGUGUGGUCUAUCCUUCUUGCUUCAAUAUUUUCCUUGUUAUGGGUGCGCAUCGACCCAUUCACUUCAGACAAAACAAAAGCUGCAACAAACGGUCAAUGUGGCAUCAACUGUUAGUUCGUUUCAAGGACUAAUUUUUUGGAACUGGCAUCUCUCUCCACGCCAUCGGUGUGAAUAUACUACAUACAAGAAAUCAGGUAAAUUCGUCUACUGAACUUCUACGUAUGGUCUCCGCGUCCAGAAGGGAGUCGGGUGGAAGAACAAUGAGAGAACGCCUUGUGUAUCGGUUAUGUUGCCCCGUUGUCAAGUAUUUAUUGUUUGCUAUUGAAAUGUGUUUUCUUGAACUUUGAUGAUCUUGGUCAUUGAUGUGCAGUAUUAUUGUUAUGGUUGUUGUCAAGAGGGAGGAUACAAAAAGCCAUUUAUUUCACUGCUUGGUCUGUAUUUUUAGGACCACUUUUGUUUUGGUCGAUGUAUGCAAGCAUUGUUACUACAAUUGAAAUACAGAUUCUUUCAUUAAACAAACAGCCUCUGUUACUAAGUUUAUUUAUUGAGCACAUUUUCUAUAA